UCGUUCAUUGAUUCUCACUGUUGUGUUAGUUUCUGCCUUGAAUAUCGCCCGAUUUCAUAAUUGUUGAGAGAAUUGACCUUUUAUUCUUCUUAAAGCAACUCCACUUCUAAUUGAAAUAGGUAUAUUUCUAAACGUGCAAUGCGUCUACUUGCAUUGUUUGAGCAUUUCAGCUUCAAACUUAGAAACCAUUAAAAACCCUUUUGUCUUUUGAUUACCCUAUUUUCUGAACAUUGUCUCGUCAUGAGAACGGAGUUUGCAAAAUUUGACAAUGUUGGACCAUCAUUCACAAUUUUAUUUUCUACUUGAACCUAAAGUUUGGGCUAGCCAACAUUACUAGGUAAAGUUACAGUCAUGGUGAUUUGUACUAGGCCACGUGUCCAUUCCUUUUGAUGUAAUUAAUUUCGAACCAGACCCUAUAUUUGUUUCAUUUUAUCUAGGGUUAAUACCACUGGGAAACUCGAGCUAUAAAAAAGUACCAUUUGUAUACAGAUCUAUUCAAUAUUUUGAAAAUGUCCCAACGUAUUACAGUUGUGUGUCAUUUAUUUCCUUGCGAUUUCGUUGACCGUUGUAAGUAACGGUUGACCGGACAUUGAUCAACUUGAUGUUGACUUUUGUUGACGUGGCAGCCACAUAGAUGCCAUGUCAUUGACAUCUCAUAUUUUUAAUUCAAAUUAAAUAAGAAAAAAAUAGAAAAAUUUAAAAUUAACAAAAUUAAGAAUCUCACUAUUCACCCCUCUCUCAAAUAUCUGCCACCGUCAGGCCUUUGGUUCAUGUGACGAGUCUUUAGAUACAAUACACCAAAGACUAGUCUUUUUUCGAUUCACAACAUAUAAAUUAUAAUGUAUUUUGACUUGGUAUUAUUCUCCUGCAAGUUAAGGUUGUCAAACCGGUUUAUGCCAGUGUGUCGGUUUAGCAACUGAAAUGGUUCGACCAGUGGCACAUACCGGUUUGUGCCGGUUCAUGCCGGUCAAUAUUAUAAAUAAAAUUAUAAAUACUCAUAUUUAAACAUGACAUUUAAUGUCAAUACUUAAACAUUUAUACUUGAAUCCAACAAAUAACAUCAAUAUUUAACUUUUAUACUCAUAAAAUAAAUAAUAAAAUUAUUUUUAUCAAUUAAACUCACUAAAAUAAGGUCAUUUUACUUAGAGAUUCGUAUAUCGAUUAUGCCGGUCAUACCGAUGGUGUCACGCCAGUUUUAUGACUGAUACCGAUUGAACCAGGUUCAAACUGGUGGCACGCCGGUGAGUGUGACACCCAUGCGUGCAACAGUCAACCCACGUUCGUUCGUACACACGCCAAUAACACCACACAUAAUAUAUACCCUGGCCUCGUGGUGGAUCAUCAUCAUCGUCAUUACUCUUCCAUAUCAAUCCAACAAAUCAACCACUAAAGCACCAUGAAUUACAAUUAUCACAGCCUAAAAGAUAACCCUACUCAUCAAAUCUCCAUAAUACUCUCCCUUUUCCUCUUCAGCCUCCUCGCCGUCUCAUUCUUCUUCUCCGACACACCACCACCACUAAGCAACGAACUAACCGCUUCUCCCAACAACAACGACCCGCUCGGGGCGGCGCUGGCGGCGGCUGCGACGGCGGACAAGACGCUGAUCAUCGCGAUGGUGAACAAGGCCUACGUGGAGGAAGGGGAUUGGCCGACGAUGCUCGAGCUGUUUUUGGACGCGUUCUGGCUCGGCGAAGGUACUAGGGAACUGCUCGACCACCUGCUCCUCGUCGCCGUCGACGAGAUAUCUUACGACCGAUGCAACUUCCUGCACCUCCUUUGCUACCGCCUGCGCCUUCCUCCCGCCGGGGAUAAUUCUUCCGCCGCCGGUGACGGAGAGGAGAAGGUGUUCAUGUCACGCGAGUUUAUCGGGAUGAUGUGGCGACGGACCGAGUUCCUCGGGGACGUGCUGGCCCGUGGAUAUAACUUCAUCUUUACGGACACAGACGUACUGUGGCUGAGGAACCCAUUCCCAAGGCUGACGACGACCAAGACGCCGGAUCUCCAAAUCAGCACGGACCGGUUCGACGGGAACCAAUGGUCCCGGUCGAACCCGAUCAACACCGGGUUUUACAUGGUCCGGUCCAACGACCGGACCAUCUCCCUGUUCCGGUCCUGGUACUCCUUGAAAGAUAACUCCACGGGAUUGAAAGAGCAGGAUGUGCUACAGACCUUGAUUCGGGAAGGGCCUGUCCAUACACGAGAGCGGCUUGGGGUUCGGGUCGGGUUUCUCGACACGCUCUACUUCAGCGGCUUCUGUCAGGGAAGCCGCGACAUUCGAGCAGUCGUCACCGUCCACGCAAACUGUUGCCGCACCAUCCUCGCGAAAGUUGCCGACCUCAGAGUCGUGGUGGGAUUGUGGAAGAGGUUCAGGAGCAAUGCCACGUCGGUUGACGAUAGUGCUGUGCUGGCGAACAUUGCGCACGUGGCGUGUGCUAAUUCGUGGAAGUGAUCUUGUGAUUUUGAAUGGAUAUUGCACAUGCAAGCAUUUGUAAACAUGUAUACUGAACACCCUCACACUUAUAUCACACAUUGUCUCCAAUGUGCACAAGACAAUCUGUAAGUGAAUAGAAUCAAAUCGAGGUUGAGUUGUCUCUCAACAAGGAUUUUCUUACAGUCAUAAGCUAGACGGUUGCAUUCAAGUUUCGGCCCAUCCCAAGACCUCUUUGAAAUUGAAGUUCCCGUGAGUAUGUGACCUCUUUGAAAUUGGGGCUCCACCUUCAAGAGCUCUUUCCUUCCUUAUCCUUGCUUUUCUUUCUCGCAAACCAUAUAACUCAUAAUGGUCGACCACCAUUGCAUACACCAAGAGAGAUCGAUAUAUGAUGGGGUUUGGAAAAGAGUCUUGACGAAUAGAUUUCGUUGCAAGGAGUUUUUCAAGAGGUUGGAUGUGCAUUGGUUCGGCUUAUUCACAUACACCACAACCUCCAUCGUCACUUGUGAUCCAUUCACCUCUUGAACCUCCUUUCUUUCUUCUUUUUGAUUGUUGUCUUCCCAUGUAAAGAUUCAAUUUCCUUCUCUUCUUCACUUUCUUCUUCAUCAUCUACAACCUCCGACGUGGUUACUAGCAAGAUCCUCCCUAUAUUAGGUAUCUUUAUGUAUUACAUAUGUAACAUGAUCGAUAUUUUUAACAACUAAUCAUGUUCUUAUUGCUACAAGAUUGAUGGAUUGGAGACUGUACCACUUGAUAAGUGGAGAUGUAUUAGGUUGUUGAUUAUGUUAUAAUCACUAACGAUGACAAUUAUCAUAAGUUAGAGACUAUCAAUAUUAGGAAACAACGACCGCUAUAUUUCCCUCCUUAAACCUUAAUUUCGUCAUUAUAACCAUUAUAACUAGAUAUAGCUAAAGAAAUUCAUCAUAAUUGCUAAUAAAUAUUUCUUAAAAUAUAUAAAAGCAGUUUAAGAAAACGGCCCUCUCCACGUCAGCGUUGGAGGCUUCCCCGUGAAUUUCGGAAUUAUGAUUCUUUUUCCUUUUUUUUUCGUUUUAAUAGGCAGCUUUUGCCCGCACUCAAUUUUUCGGCAGGAAUACAACGAAUUCUUUUUGGUGGAAGUGGAAGUUGGAACUGCAAAUCUUGAUCCCCAUUUUUUAUCAUGUGGUUUUAUUUAUUUAUAAAAAAUUUCGUGUUGUUUUUUAAAUAAGCACUUAUUCAUUUAAAUGGGAUGAUUUGAUUUUGUUUUUGGGCAUAUGUGGCAUAUUAUGUUUCUGUUAAGGGAAAAAAUUUAAUGAAAGUUAACAAAAAAAAUAAAAUAAUGAAACCAUUCUCAAGCCUUUUUUUACUGGACCAGAUUAUUCAAUAGUAUAGCCGUAUAGGAUAUUGGAUGAGAUAAUUAGUUUCAAUAUAUUUCUUUUGAACAUAUUAGUUCAAUAUUAUGGAUUUUUGGUGGAUAAAUGUUCUUACCUAAAUACUUAUAUUGGCACUUCAUGAUUCACCAUUUUAUUUUUUUAGAACUGUUUAACCAGUCAAUGUCAAAAGCAUGAGUUAAUAUUAGAUUGUUUACAAAAGUUAAUAUUAUAGAAUUAAAUCGUCAUAAAUAACCACAAUAAAUUAUGAGGAUUUUCAACAUAUGUCUAUGAUCGAUUUAGGAGUUUAGGCGGCAUUUAAUUUUUCUCGAUUAAGAGUUGAGUAACUAACUUUAAAACAUACAUUGACUAUGGUAGAAGCACAAAAUUGUUGCUUGAUAAGUUAGGCAAAGGAAAUAGUUCAACCUUUCUUAGAUCAAUAUUGAAGCCACAUAUUGGAGAACAAAUUAUUCUAAAGAAUGUACAAAAAUAGGAAAAUUCCAAAAUAAAUUAAAUAUAAAAUUUUGCUUAAUUAACAAAAAUAACCAAAUGAAACUCGCCCGGCCAACCGGCCGGGUACAAAGCUAGUUCAUAUAAUAGAGUGUUUUCAACCACUAGAAAUUCCCCCUAAUUAAAGGUUUCAACGACC